AAAGAAAAUUACGAACAAAAAUCCAAGAAACGAAAUCCAGAAUUUCAGAAAUCUACAAACCCAGUAGAAAAUUCAAUCAACAAAAAUUCCAGAACACAACAAAUCAAACACUUAACCUUAGAAUCAAACCCAGGAUGAGCUAAGGCACCAAGCUUAAGAACAAAUCAACAACAAACCCAAAAUGCAACGAACUCAGAAAUCAAAACCCAGAAAUCCAGAAAUCAAACAAUGCCGCACAACUUAUAAACCCAUAUAAAUCAAACAACGCCGCCCAACCAUUACUGUCUGCGCCGUCGACAACUCCUCCAUGCUACCAUCGACACAGCACUACCAUGUUCACUGUUGAUAUUCUUAAAUAAAGGAGAGGAAGAAGAGGAAGAAGAACAAGAAGAAGGAGUUAGAUUCUUAAAUAAAGAAGAGGAAGAAACAAAAAGAAGGGGUUAAGAUUCUUAAAUGAAUAUAUUUAUUAUGUAUUUUCUUGGAAAAUAUAUUUUCUUGAAAAAAUUUUGAAUUGGAGGCAGAACAAGUUGAAUAAAUCAUAACAAGAUUUCAUUGAUCUCAAAAUUUUUUGAAAUUUUAAUUGAAGGGUUAUCUUUAAAGACCAAUGUAGUGGAAGAUUAGCAUUUGAAAAUUUUUCUAUAUUUACCCUUUCGCAACUUUUCUUGGAAAAUUUUUGAAUUGGAUAGAAAACAGUUUGAAUGAAAUCAUAACAGAUUUCAUUUAUCUCUAAAAUUUUUUAAAUUUUAAUCUAAUUUUGAAAUUUUAAUCUAACGGUUAUCUUUAAAGACCAAUUUAGUGGAAGAUUAUCAUUUGCCAUCUUUUCUCAAAACUUUCUCUCCUCUCUUGGAAAAAUGGCCAAAGUUGCAGUCUUCUUGCUGUUUCUGCUCCUUUGCAUGUUUUUCAUCUCAGGAAUGGCAAAGCCAGCUUCUUCUAAACGAGAAUAUAUCAAAGCCCUGUGCAAGGAAACCCCAAGUCCACCGCUAUGCGUCCAAUACCUCUCCAUGUUUCCAAACUCAACGAUACAAAACCCAAUGAAGAUGGCUAACGCUGCAUUAUUAGCAAGCCUAUACAGAGCCCAGUACGCAAAAUCAUACACCUUGACAGUAAUCAAAAGGAGAAAACUCGUGAAGCAUCCAAUUGUAGAUGAUUGUUUGGAUCAAAUAAGUUCUGCGGUGCAAGAACUUAACGACUCAAUUACAGAGCUACAUUACUUGGGAGGACAUGCAAAGAAGGGCAGCGAUGAUCAUCAAUGCGACGACGAUUGCCACAUAAGUAAUAUUGCAACGUGGUUGAGCGCCGCUGAGACUGAUUCUUCCACUUGUGUGGAUGAAUUGGAUGAGUGGCUGAGCAGGAAUAAAAGCAAUUUGUUGACUUUGUUUAGGACCAGGUUUCGUAACGUGGUAGAUGCUAUUGGAAAUGCUUUAGCCUUGUUUUGCACAUUUGCUGCAAAGUGUCAAUGAAGCCUGCAUGUUCUAAUGUGAUUUUUCACUGUGAAAAUGUUAAUAAAUUUGCAGGAAUUGGUAUCCUCUGCAUA